CAUUCUUUCUUCAAUUUAGUUCUGCUUCCAUGCAAUAUAGAUAGUGAAUAUAAAGAGAUUCAAUCAAGUUACAAAGAUCUGUGUCUUACUUACGUUACGUAGCUCUUGCACCCUUACUAAGUGAUCUGUUAGACUAUAACUAAACUGUGAUAUGUGGGUUCGUCUGCGUGAAUCUUCAUCUAUAUCCAAGCGGUUACCUUCAAGGGAUUCAGAAUCAUCUGAUGUAGAACAAAGUUCAGGUAAAUGCGCCAAUCUUUUACACAAUAAUAAUAUGGGCCAAGAUAAUACACAUCCUAGAUGGAAGCAUUCAUUCCCUCAUGUCAUUGCGGCAACCAUUGUAUCCUUCCUGUUUGGAUAUCACAUUGGAGUUGUUAAUGAACCAUUAGAAAGCAUCUCAAUUGACCUUAAUUUCAGUGGUAAUACAUUGGCAGAAGGUCUGGUGGUGAGUAUAUGCCUAGCUGGUGCCUUUUUUGGGUCAUUACUCAGUGGUUGGAUUGCUGAUGGGGUGGGGAGGAGAAAGGCUUUUCAGUUGUGUGCGCUCCCUUUGAUUAUUGGUGCUUCCAUAAGUGCAAUGGCAAAUAAUUUGCCCAGUAUGCUAAUUGGAAGAUUACUGGUUGGGAUUGGAUUAGGAGUGGGGCCUCCUGUUGCAUCUCUAUAUAUUGCCGAGAUUUCCCCGGCUUUUGUUAGAGGUACAUAUGGUAGCUUCAUUCAAAUUGCUACAUGUUUUGGACUAAUUGCGGCUCUGCUCAUUGGAAUCCCUGUCAAGAGAGUUGAUGGGUGGUGGCGUCUCUGUUUCUGGGUAUCUACAAUUCCAGCGGUCAUACUUAUCAUUUCCAUGAUCUUUUGUGCUGAGAGUCCAUAUUGGCUGUACAAGCGUGGUCGGAUUUCUGAAGCUGAAACAGAAUUCGAGAGGCUGUUAGGAGGAUCACAUGUCAGUUCGGCAAUGACAGAAUUGACAAAGUCUGACAGAGGGGAUGACUCUGACUCUAUAAAGUUCUUGGAUAUAUUUUCUGGUCGUCAUUCCAGAGUGGUUUUUAUUGGGUCAACCCUGUUUGCUUUACAACAGCUAUCUGGAAUAAACGCGGUCUUCUACUACUCAUCAACUGUUUUUAAAAGAGCUGGAGUAUCGUCAAAUCUGGCAAAUAUUUUCAUAGGAAUUUCCAACUUCUUAGGAUCUAUUAUUGCCUUAUCUUUGAUGGAUAAAUUGGGGAGAAAGGUUCUACUUUUAUGGAGCUUCUCUGGCAUGGCUAUGUCAAUGGCUCUGCAAGCAACUGUGCCCGGCCUAUCUUCAUCGGAUAUUACGGCUCUUUACCUAUCAGUUGGUGGAAUGUUGUUGUUUGUUCUAACAUUUGCUAUUGGAGCUGGACCUGUUCCAGGUCUUCUCCUACCAGAGAUUUUCCCUAGCCGUAUACGAGCCAAGGCAAUGGCAUUUUCUAUGUCUGUUCACUGGGUGUUCAACUUUUUAGUGGGAUUACUAUUCUUGCCAUUACUUGACCAACUUGGCCCUCAGGUAUUGUACACCAUAUUUGGUACAUUUUGCUUGAUGGCAGUGGCUUUUGUCAAGAGAAAUGUUAUGGAAACAAAAGGAAAAUCCCUCCAAGAGAUUGAGAUAGCUCUUCUUACAGAAGAUUAGAAUGAAAGUAAUGUUCAAAUAUCAUGCACGGGUUAAAGGUCUAGGAUAAAUAAGACACGAUCAUAUAUAGAAAUACUCAUGUUUCGGUUUUGCUAUUCGUUGAUAAAACCUCAGCCUAAUUGAAGGAAAGAAUAUUGUCUGUAAAGUUUGAAAAAACCAUUUGAUCCUUCAACUUGUACUUCUAAA